CAAAUUGGAUCCAGCGAUGGUGGUUCAAUCAGCACCAAAUUGUCCCUUGUUCAACCCAGCCACAAUGGCCAGGGAAAAGGCGAAUGCCAUCAGCAAGCUUUCAAAAGAAUACACUUUGAUCCCCACACGAAGAUGGAACCCUCUUCUUGGCAAGAACCUUCAGUUGGAUGGCUGGGACCAGUGGGUUCAACUUUGCCAAUUGGGAAAGCAAAUGAUUUUCAAGGCAACACUCGGAAAGAAAAAAACUGACCAAUCCGCUCGCGUCAUUAUGUAUUCUUCAGAAGUUGACCCUAUGGUUUCGGAUGUGGGUUUUGAUGAUGGGAGGGUCUUGUCAUCAAAUUCGCCAUUAGGCAAAAACUUUCAAGGGGGACAUGAGGUCUGUCGGCCAAAAGCGACAAAAUUAAAUUUGAAUUUUGAUUGGGUCCAAAAUCAUCAUCCAUUCAACAUCAACAAUGCAGAAAUCCAGAAUGGACCGGGUUCAGCGUUUCAUAACUUUAAACCUCAUGACCUUUCGGGAACUGUCGUCUUGGGUGGAGACAGUAAAAACAAAAAAGCUAACUUAUCACUUGACCGACCGGGCUACGACGCCCCAGGACACAGCCAACAUCAUCAGCCUAUCAAAGAGAAUAACCCUAAUAGUAAACAAGAUGCGGAUAGCUUCCUACCUAUUACCGCACUAGGUCAUGCAGCUUUCAGAGAAAAUGAAGUUCAUCAGCUUUCUCCAAGUGAGAUGGGCUUGGGUAUCACGGCGGCCGGGUCUCUUGGCUUACCCGGUUCAUCAUUUCAAACCCCGAAAGUCGACAUGGUGGAUUCAAAUAAUUGA